AUGAAGCGUUGCCACUCUGUGAGAAUUUCCCUGAAGGACUCAUUAAACAAGGAAAUCCAAAAUGUGAAUUUAGAAAAUCCGUGUUCAAAGGAAAAAACGUGCCUAAAUCGUUCAGUGGAUACGUUUUCACUUACUUUAACGGCCAACAGAAGAUUCAGCAUGCCACUCCAUUUGCCGCAGAAAAACUCCGCAUAUGAGUCUAUUCCCAUUGAAGGCCUAUCAUUCGCAGAUGUUUUCGACCAACAUGAGAAAGUUAUGUCUAAUCUUAAAACCAUUAUGCAGGAAACAAGAGAACUCGAAGAACAGUUGACCAAUGUGAAGCUCUAUCCUGGGCUUCAAGUGGCAAACGUCAAGCUAGAUCUUGCAACUGAGAGCGUGCAUGUAAUGAAGCGACUUCAUGAAAUUGCUAGGUAA